AUGCCCCCAAAAGAAGCGGAUAAAUUUACUAAAACUCAUUUACCUUCAGUUAAAUUUUAUAAAAUGCUAGAUAAUGAUUUCUCGAAAUUAGUAAGUUUCAGGGUAGAAUACUGUAGUAAUUUUCCUAGUACUUACGGUAGAAAUAAAAAAAUUAAAGAACUUUGUGUGUUAUAUAUAAAUUAUUUAAAAAAACAAGACAAUAUAUUACGUAAAUAUAAUUACAAUGAAGAUUACUGUAAACUUAUAAGCUAUUGGGUAUCUGAACGUUUAUUAGAAACUAAUAAUAUUGAACCAGAUAAAAGUAUUCUCGCAUUCAGUGAUAUUCAAGAUUUUUGGAGUAAAGCAACUAAACUUGAUCCUACAAAUUAUAAGUGUUUACCUUAUUCUGAUAUUUAUAAUUUCUAUAAUAAUUGGGAAAAGGCAAAAAAACUGUAUGAUUACUAUAUCGAUUUUGAUGACCUUAAAAAUAUGACUAAUAAUUGUGGUGAAAAGUGCGAAGAAUUAUGUAGAUACCUCAAUGAAGCAAAUGAUAUAUAUAAGAGUUAUAAUGAUUAUUGUUCUGGAAAUGAAAAUAAUUUGUGUCCUCUUUCUAAAGAUGAAUAUGUUAAAUGCCAUCCAAAGUCAUUGUUAAAAAUGUUUAAUUGUAAUACAUCGACUGAUGUGAAAAUAUUACCUCAAGAAGAACUAUAUGCGGAAGGAUAUGAAGAAGGUCCUAGUAGAGAAGGGGGUACUAGUAUAGAAGAGGGUUAUAGUACAGAAGCGGAUCCCAUUAUAGAAGGGGUUCCUAGCAUAGAAGAUGUUCUUAGUAUAGAAGAGGCUCGUAGUACUCCAUUUAGUAAAGAAGAUUCUAAGGAGGAUUCAGAAUUAAUAAGAGGAGAAUGGAAGCAUUUAAUUACAUUUGGUAAUUCUCUAUUAGGAUUAGUUCUAGCAUCUAUGUUAUUUGGUGUUUUAUAUAUAGUAAAUGACAAUUACAUUAAUCUAUAUAAUUUCACAUACAUA